AUGUCCAACCUGCGUUCAGGUCCAACAAACUCCUUCAGACCAACGCGUACGACACGUUCUACCGCAGCAGCAUCAGGUGCAGGCACAUCAGCAGCUGCGACAACCAGCUCGACGCGUCCCACUGCAGCCUCAAGACCUCUCUCAGCGGCGGCUAGCAGUCGUCCAGGCUCUUCAGCUGGUGUCAAGCCACCUUCGAGACCAGGUUCCGUUGCUGGUUUCUCCUUUGGCGCUACGCGCGGUGCUGCUACGUUAGGUGCUGGGCCUAGUAGAGCAAGUGCUCCGCCUGCGUCUGGCGGUGUUGCUGCAGGUGUGAAACGAAAGACGCGUGCUGGUAGCUCGAGUGUUGAACAAGAAUCGUCCGCAGCAAAACGUCCCGCGCUGACCAGUGCCUUCUCCGCUCAUGUCACACAAACAUCUCUCAACCGCCAACUCUUAGCUGCACAGGCUCAAGUCACAGAGCUACAAAAUAAACUACUCAACAAGGAUCGCGAGAUUGACAGGUUAGAAGCGGAUCUCCGUCUAGUCGCAACGCGGGAAGAAGAAGAGAAGGAGGCUCGACAACGCGCUGAAGAGGAGUUCACUCUAAAGACGAGCGCACUCGAAUACGAGCUCUCCUCGCUAAAACGAAAGUUCGCAGAACUCGAAUCACAUCACGAAGAUCUCGACGACGCCUACUCAACUCUCCUACACACCUCCCAAUCCAAAACCGCCGCUCUCAAUGUCGAGAUCACCACUCGUGACGAACAGAUCGAGCUUUUGCAAUCUCAGUUGCAGGACGCUCAGGCACGAGCACGUGAAGAAGAGAUUAGGGCGAAAGCUCUGGAAGAGUUACUUGAGCAAAUGACGGAAGAGGAGCCUGGAGGUGAGGAUGAUGAAGUAGAGGAGCACGAGAAGGAGGUAAUAGGUGGGGAUGAUGGAGUUUCGAAUACCAACGCAGGCAUGCGAGUCGAGAUUGAAGAACCAGCGACCAGCGUAGACGACGACGGUUCUUCGAAGGCAGAGAAGGAAGACGAACGAGACGAGCUCGACGCAGAUGGCGAAGCCGACCCCGAGGAAGACCCAUCAAUGGCAGUCGAUACUAUUACUGAGGGAGACGUCACACAAACCGGUGAAAUCGAAAUAUCAAGCAUCCGUUCCCGCUCAGUAGCAGCAGUCGAACCAAACGUUUCACUUCACUCAGGCGACCAAAACCAACCAGAAAUCGAAGCUUACCCCGACCCAGGUGCACCACCGCCCUACACCGUCUCCUCGCCCAUCUCCGCCUCCGCGUCGAUUGCGUCACGUUCUCGUUCUGCGUCCAUAGCUUCUUCGCAGAACGUUUCCAUCGCUUCUUCUCGUGCGAUGAGUCUUACACUCGAUCGGCCACUACAACAGCAACAGCAGCAGCAACCAACACACGGAACUCCACUCUCCAUCUCAUCCAACUCCCGCCUCGACCCCCUCUCCCACAUCCGUCAUCGACUCAGCCUCGGCACACCCAAUAGACGUCGACGUCAUUCCUCCACAGUCUCUUCACAUUCCCAACAAGAACGAGAACGAAUCAGUAAUAUCAGUAAAGACAACGAAAUAAUCCGCACCGAACUCUCCCGCCUCACAUCCCACCUCACCUCCCUCGAAGCCUCCAACACCCGCCUCACAUCCGAACUCUCCCGUCUCCGCUCCAGAGCCCAAAACUCAGAAAUCCUACGCGAGGAGAAACGGGAGCUUGAGAGGCGGUUGUUGAGUAUGGAGGGGCUGAGGACGAGGGUCGCCAAGCUUGAAACGAAUGCUUUGGCAUUCGCUAAGCGGGAGAAGGAAUGGGAACUUAAGUUGCGAAAUCAAUCCGAGAGUGGUGGUGGAGAUGAUGAGAAUAACGAGAAUUGUACGCCGGGGAAGACGCCUGUAGGUGUCACACAACAACUUACGACGCUCCGCAAACAACACGCGACACUCUUAGACGAACACGGACAACUAAAAGCUACUCUCCGAGCAUACGAAGUCGAACUCACCAACACACGCUCAGAAUUAGAAUCCACUUCUUCCAACGCAAGCCGUUUGCAAAAAGAAAUCGAACACCUCCAAGACACCUUAACUCGAAAAGAAAAAGAAUGCGUUUUAUUGGAACGAGACGCGAUGUUUUUGCGAUCCCUCGUUUCGAGUUAUCAAAAUGAGGAAGCGGCGAAUAUCACUGUGUCAGAUGAUGGUGAAGUCGUCGCUGCUGCUGUUACGGAGAAACUCGAACAGCGAAUCGCGCAAUUGGAAUCCCUUCUUGAGGAGUACAAGUCUACGAUUGAGGGACUUGAAGGGGAGGUUGAGAGGUUAAGACGGUCCGGCGGUGGAGUUGCGAGUAAGUCGAAGGAAGAGUGGGAUUUGCUUGUGAGGAAGGCUGCUACUUUGGAGGAAGCUUUCAAAAACGCACAAUCCUCAGCAGCCCAAAGCACAGACCGUAUCGACCAGCUCGAACAACGUCUCUUCGAACUCGGCGGAGAGAUCGGUGCAGGUCGACACAUUCCACCUAACACACGCGUUCUCACUCUUCAACAGAACCCAGCGCAGGAAUGGGCUGAUACGAGACAGGAAGUGCUUGAUAAGCUUAAGGCGGAGAAUGAAGCUUUGCUUGAGCGACUUAAGGAACUCGAAUCCCGACUUUCUCAAUCCGGCGGUCCUCCCACUUCCACCUCCACAACCUCCAAUUCCGAUCCCACAGACCCUGGCAGCAACACACAAUUCGUCCCCCGCGCAUCCUACGACUCCCUCAAACACGAAACCUCCUCCCUCUCCUCUCUCCUCGCCCAAAAAGAAAAACGUCUCCUCCGCUUACAACAAGUCUACUCUUCCAAAUCUAUCGAGUUCCGUGAAGCCAUUGAGAGUAUUAUGGGUGUAAAAUUGGCGUUUUACCCGAAUGGACAGGUGAGAGUGACGAGUGUGUAUGAUUUGAGUGCGGCUUUUGUUUUCUCGCCUGCCAAGCCUGACUCAACCACAAAUAACGAGAAGGAGGACGGGAAAGACAAGGAUGGGAAAGACAAGGGUAAGAGGGAAGGAGAUGAGAAAACCAAACUUGGAGCACGAAUGCAACUAAUCGCUCUCGGCGACCACGUACCCGAAGAACUGGAAGGGUUGAUGAACAUGUGGAUAAGAGACGAGAUGUGUAUACCGUGUUUUAUGUCGAGCGUUACGUUGGAGUGUUAUGAUAAGUGGAAACGCGAGCAGGCGGAGGCUUCCGCCGCCUCUGGGAUGAGCUAG